UGUGUUUAUUUAAUCAUGAUGAAUGGAAAAUACAGAACUUCAGACUAUUUGCCAGUUUACCUUUUUUGCCUAGUGGCAGUAAUUGCUGAUUGUGCUGUGUGUGGAUCACCUUUGCAAAAUCAAAAUUCAGUAUACGAAGAGCUGAAAUGUAGAGAUGAAAAAACAAAUCGUGCUUUGUAUGUUGGCGAAGUGUUCUACCGCCGUGGACAAUGUAUAAGGGUGCAGUGUUUAGGAAAUCUGGAAAUAUGGGAAGACAGAUGUCAAAUACCAAGAUUGGAAGGAAAUUGCUCAGAAAUACCACCAGCUAAUGAAUUCCUCGAUUAUCCAAAGUGCUGUCCACAAUAUUCGUGCAAAUUGUUCUUAAAAGACAAUGGAAAUACCGAAGAGACACGAAUUUAUGAUCAGUACGGAAACAGGAAAAGUACUUAUAUUACCCAAGUAUUCACACGACGAAUGGAAAAUGGAAUUGUUGCGGGUGGUCCCAUUAGAACAAAGUUAAAAGUAUAAUAAAAGCUUUCGCAAGCCGAGCACUUUAGUUGUAGGUAUACUCUAAAUGGUUUUACAUAAUAAUAAUCAA